AUGUCGAAGCCGGAGGCCAAAUACCUAGAAGAGACUGGGGUUCCAGGCCCCUAUUCGUCCCUGUCCUCUGAUGAUGGAGAGUUCAUGCAAAGAUACGAAGGAAAGACUGGUCGUGCAGUGGUCAGAAAGAUUGAUUACAGGCUGAUUCCCAUCAUGGGCCUUCUUUACCUGUUGGCCCACAUUGACAGAGGGAACAUCGGCAAUGCGAAAAUCGAGGGCAUGGACAAAGACCUUGGUCUCACGGGAAACCAGUACAACAUCGCCAGCACAAUCUUUUUCGUCCCUUAUAUCAUCUUUGAGAUCCCCUCGAAUAUCGUGCUCAAGAAGGUUCGGCCUAGUCUAUGGCUAUCCUUCUUGGUUCUUUCAUGGGGCACUGUUAUGACACUUAUGGGAGUGGUCAAAAACUUCCAAGGAAUGGCUAUUUGCAGAGUGUUUCUUGGAUUAUGCGAGGCCGGCUUUUUCCCAGGCGCCGUUUACAUUGUUACCACCUGGUACCCCCGACACGAGCUCCAACAGCGCCUCGCCAUUUUCUACACAGCAUCAGCCUUCUCGGGCGCUCUGAGCGGCCUUUUGGCUUUCGGAAUCGCUCGUAUGGAUGGCGUUCGUGGCAUAGAGGGCUGGAGGUGGAUAUUCCUCAUAGAAGGAGCCGUGACCAUUGCAGCAGGGCUUGCGAUGCCGUUCUUGAUCCUGGAUACUCCGGAAAAGGCCAAGUGGCUCAGCGAGGACGAGAAGCGCUUCAUAGACUUGCGUCUCCGCUUGUCGGGUGUUCGCUCUCAAACCCAGGAAGGCGACAAGCUUUCCUGGCGUUUGCUUUUCCAAACCAUGACGGAUUGGAAGAUCGGCCUGGGAAUCUUGCUUGCGUGGGCCAAUUCCGUGCCGAACGCCGCGUUCAAGUUCACCAUGCCGCAGAUCAUCAAGCAAUUGGGAUUCCCCACCGCGACGGCCCAGCUGCUUACCAUUCCUCCGUAUUUCUGCGGUGGUGUGGCGGCAUGGGUUACUGGCAGAAUGUCAGACAAGUUUACUUGGCGCAUGCCGUUCAUAGCCGGGCCCAUGGCUGUACUCGCGAUAGCUCUUGGUCUUCUAUUCCAUUACUCUGCCGAUGUAGCCAACAACGUACCGGCCAUGUAUGUCGGCGUCGUGUUGGCUCAGAUCGGCAUAUACCCACUCCUCCCAGGCAUUACUGCAUGGAUAGGCAACAACUUAGCUCCGUCAUGGAAGCGGUCCAUCGGAAUUGCGUGGCUUUUAGCGGCCGGCAACUUGGGGAGUCUCAUUGGAACAAACAUCUUCUUGGAUAAGGAGGGCCCGCAGUAUCCUACUGGAUAUGGAACAUCACUGGGCAUCAUUUGCCUGGGACUUAUAGCAGCCUUUGCGUUGGAAUUCUUUCUGUGGAGUUUGAACAAAAAGAAGGCACAACUCUCCGAAGCUGAGAUUCGCCAACAAUACUCCCAGGAGCAGUUGGACCGCAUGGGCGAGAAAAGCCCUCUGUAUCAGUACACUUUGUAA